AUUCAAAUAGGGGCGUUACUAAAUCUCGCUAGUAAUGUGACCUUAACCUAAGCGCUGCCGCAGAACUUUUUGAUUUGAUAAUAUGCAAAUAUAACUAUUUUAUUGGCGUACACCGCUAGUUGGACAACCCAAACAGGAUACUGAAUAUCAUUUUACCAAUUUUUUGCUCUAAAAUGUUCGUUACAGAGAACUCAGCACUCUGUAGGGCUAGCGGAUAACCGUGAAAAUGAAGCAUGCCACGUGUGUUCGUUUAAAACAAUUAAGGAUUUCUAUUGGAGGUUAUUUUACAUAGUAGUCUCGGUUAACAGGCCGUAACUAAUGAUCUCAGGACAUGUCUAUUGGACAAUACCAACACCCUGUUAAAUGCGAAACAGGAAGUGUUUAUCUCCUAAGUGAAUUAUUUUAGAGAUUAUUUUACGGUGAAUUAUUUUGGAGACUUUCUGCUGUGUUCAUUUGGGAUAAAUUGUGUGUUUGUGAAUUAUAUGUUAGUGAUUCUACUAACAUAAUUAUAUCAUUAUGAAAAAACGAAUCUGUUUGUAUCCUUUCUUCUGUGUUUCUCUUUUGUCAACUUUACUUUAUCUAUAUUUUAUGACAAAUGUUCAUCAAUCAACCCCGACGUUUAAAGGCGUAGGAACUCUCGGAAAAUUGAUAACUCAUGCAAGUCAAACGGAAACCACUCAGAGAGCCCUAAACAAAUUGAUGAAACUUUCAAAUCAAACGAAAAGCACUAACAAAAUAAAUGAUCCCGAGAAGAAUGGAAAUCAUUUACUGAAAAAGGACGAAAUAUCUCAACUCGAGACAGGUGCCGAGAAAAAAAGGACACAUUUUCUGGGAUUAACGGGAGCUUGGGGUCGGUUGGGUAAUCAUAUGUUUUUCUACGCUUCGUUAAGAGGGAUAGGGGACGCUAUCAACUAUACACCCAUUUUAAGUAGAACAGAUCCUAUACUUAAAUUGUUUGAAAUUAAUUUGAAUAAUUCUGUAGACAAAUUUACCUUGAACAAUAAUGUUGUGAAAGGUGAAAAAUGUAUAGGAAUUUUUACCAAAGAUCUGAUGUCCCCCAUAAAUAAAACAACUAAUAUAACAGUGUUUGGAUACUUACAAUCGUUUAAAUAUUUCCAAAAUAUAGAAUCGGAUAUCCGAAAGGAGUUUAUCUUAAAAGCGGACAUUAAAGCUCGCGUCAAACAUAUUUUUAAUACACUUAACAUAACACAUCGAAUAAAGGUUGGAGUUCAUGUUAGAAGAGGUGAUUUUGUGCAUAGAGAAGGAACCAAGUUACCUACCCCUUCGUAUUUUUAUAAAGCUAUGUAUAUGCUGAGGCAGAAUUUAACAAAUCCAAUAUUUGUCGUGUGUUCAGAGGAUAAGAAAUGGGUGACAGAUUAUUUACAACUUAACGAUUCGGUUAUUGUUCAUGAAAGUGUAGAAGUUGAUUUUGGAGUAUUAAUGAGUUGUGAUCAUAGUAUAAUAUCAUCUGGAACUUUUGGUUGGUGGACCGCAUAUUUAACGAGAGGUACCAGCAUUUUUUUUAAGGGAUUUCCCUCGCCCCCUCUCCUUGGAUGUAUCACUCCUCCAGACUAUUAUCCAUCUGAUUGGAUUGGACUCGAGUAAUCCAUGUACUAGCUACGAGAACGUAACUAAAAACGCUGAGAUAUACCGAUGUGCUUGUUUUUAGCUACGAUUGGAUGCCUUUAGUUCCAAGUGGCAAACUCAAUUUCUUUAUUAAUGCAUGUACCAUGUUAAAAAUAAGUUAAUUUUAUACUAUUAGUAGUUAUUACACAUACGCAGUCCAAUCUACUGAAACAACAUUAAUUUAUCAGCAAAUAUUGACAAUAGUGUAAAUCAAGCGUUGUUUUUAUCAAAAUUGAUUCGGACAUUCAUAAUUAUGUCGUAUUACUACUGCGCAACUCUGAUCAGCUAUUGCACACGAGGCCUCGCCUUUAUGUGUUACAUAUGUAAAUUUAAAAUGUCGCUUUGAUUUAAAAAGAGGGGAUUUGUACCCGUUUCAGGUAGGAUUAUAUGCUUAAUUGUAGUUGGGUGUGGCAGGGAUAUUAUAAAUAACAAUAAUCAAUCGUUGUUUUGAUUAAAAAUAUUGUCAAUUUUGUUUACAAAUGCCGGGUGCGAAUCGCUCCCGCAUGUGCUACGUUGAAGUUAAUGGCACCAUUUCUUAUCUCGAAACACGGAGGGUUGAGAGAUAAGGUUUGUUAUCUAUCUAAGUACUUGAAUUCAACUCAAAAUUUCUAAUGAGCUAUAAAUAUCUGUUCGAGAUUUGUAUUUCGUUGUACUUCUCUGAUAAUCUGAUUAAAACACAGAUCCUAUUUCGUUUCGUUUUUUUAUUGUUCAAAUUUUCGUUUGACUUGCCUUUACUGCACUAGGAUCUGGAAGAGUUGUUAUAUAACCGGCGUUUUGGUUGAAGUGAAAGUUUAGCCAAUGAAACGAUCUGUUACUGCGAGUUUUGGCAUGCUCUGCACGGAACUAUGGGUAAACCCUUACGCUGAUUAAUUAAUCAAUGUCUAACGUCAUAGGGCCAAAAGCCGCUCGUACGACCCCUGACAUUACCUUCCAGUACAACUUGUCACAUCUCCAUAUAGAGUAUGCCAUCGGAAGUAUAAAAAAAUAACGAAACGAAAUAUAGAUCUGCAUUUAAAUCAGAUUGCAUUUUGCACCGUGAACAUUGAAAUAAUAUUGGCAACGUUAUUCUUCCAUACAAGCGAGAGCCUCAACCGGAAUGUGUUCACUGUCAUGUUCCUUUGACAGUGAGCCACAUCUUGAUUGAGUGCAAACAUCUCAAGUAUAUUAGAUCUAAAUACUACCGUUGCCAGUCAUUACGUCAGCUAUUUGCUCAACCGGAGCUAUAUGAUAAAGUGCUAACAUUUUUAAAAGAGACAAACUUUUAUUCUCAAUUUUAAUUGUAUAUAUUUAAUCAUGUAUAUUGUUUUAAAUAUUUAUAUAUGUAAAAGAUUUGUUAUAUUUAUUUUUAAUUAUAUAUUUUCUGUGAUAUUUGUUUUUAUUUACAUAUAUAAAUUCAAUUAUGUGAUA